AUGGGAAAGCGAGCAGCAGAAGACCAUGGUGCUGGCUCUAAAAAGAAGUACCGCUUCUCAACAGGUAUUGUCGAGCCGUGUGUAUCAGGAAUAUAUGCUACGUGUGCUCGAAAACACGAGAAACAAGCCGCCCAAGAACUAGCCGAUCUUUUCCAGGAAAAGGUGGAGGAAUACUAUGGCGAUGAGGAACUGAACAAUGGAAACGGAGAAAGCGAGUUGGAAAAAGAGCUGUCAGUUGAAGAUCAGAUUAACAAAGAACUGGAGUCUCUAAAAUCUCAGAAUACUGAUCCUCGCAACAAGGAGCUUUUGCGAUUUGUGGACCUCAACUGCGAAUGUGUGGUGUUCUGCAAAACCCGGAAACCUAUAGUUCCAGAAAAGUUUGUCCAUAGAAUCAUGCAGGAAUUUGCUGAUCCAAAAACAAGCCACAAGAGAACUAGAUACGUACAGAAGUUGACGCCUGUCAGUUUCUCGUGUAAUGCAUCGCUGUCCGAGUUAUCGAAGUUAGCUCAACGUGUCCUCGAACCGCAUUUCCACAGGAAGGACUCUCCGCCGUUGAAGUUUGCGAUUGAGGUAGUUCGUCGAAAUUUCAACACUAUAGAUAAGUUGGAAAUCAUCAAGGCAGUUGCCAAAGAGGUGGGAAAAGACGGUGAGAUGCCGCACACGGUGGAUUUGAAAAAUUACGAUAAACUCGUGCUUGUCGAGUGUUUCAAAAACAACAUCGGUAUGUCGGUGGUGGACAGCGACUAUCGUGACGCGCUCAAGAAGUACAAUAUACAGCAGAUCUUUUUGGCCAAAAUCCACCCAGAUUCGAACGAAGAUUCGACAAGCACUACUAAAUAA